ACUGCCACCUCGAAGGGGUUAAUGCAGCCUUCCCAGAAUCCCGCGGGGUGGGCAAGAUGGCCCCUUCCAGGAGCUCGUGGGGCUGCUCCUCGAGAGUAAACCUCUUUUCCACCCGCUAGGCUGGAAGCUGCUGUGGUUGUUGCUGCCGCUCGAUUGCCUAGAGAUGGGUCCACUGCAUUUUUGCUUUCUUCCAGAUAUGACCAUGGAGACGUGGGGCAGCCUCUAUGCUCACCUGGCCUUCUUGUGGCUGAACAGAUUCUACUUGUACUCUGGAGCGGUGUUUGGGAUCAGCCUUUGGCUCUGCAUCCAGUUUGUCAGUAAGACCAAAAAGCAGAAUAGAAAUCAACUCAGAAAAUCAAGCCUUCCCCAAAUUGCUACAGAAGGGCUUGCAGGAGAGCAGAAAGGCCCCAGCACUGACAAAGUCCAUGUCACUGGGGUGAAGAUUUUUUUUGGUUCUCAGACUGGAACAGCAAAGAGAUUUGCGUCAAUACUUGCUGAGUCUGUUGCCUCCCUUAACUUGCCUGCCGAAGUCAUCAACAUGAAGGACUAUGACCCCGACGACUGUCUAGGAGACGAGACAAGCAGCAAGAACAUCUGCGUCUUCUUAGUUGCCACUUACACAGAUGGGAAGCCAACAGAGAAUGCCGUGUGGUUCUGCAAGUGGCUAGAAGAAGCAUCCAGUGACUUUCGAGUCGGCAAAACGUACCUGAAGGGCUUGAGAUAUGCUGUCUUUGGCCUGGGGAAUUCUCUCUAUGCUGAUCACUACAACACUGUGGGCAGAAGCGUGGACAAAUGGCUGUGGAUGCUAGGGGCCCGGCGGGUCCUCUCCUGCGCCCUGGGGGACGCCAAUGUGGUGAAGAGCAAGCAUGGGAGCCUGGAGGCCGACUUUGAGGCCUGGGAGGCCAAGUUCCUGGCCAGGCUCCAGGCCCUCUGCAGAGGGGAGAAGGCGGCCUGCAGAGGGGAGUGUAAGAAGGGCAAGUGCCGCUCCAAGAGGAAGGCUGGGCAGGAGAUGUCGUUGGAGCAGGAGCAGAGGGAGGAGGUGGCAGAGGAGGAGCUUUUUGAGACCACGAGCGAAGAGGAUUCUGGCAAUGAAGAGGGAGAGGGUGCGAACCAGAUGGUGGAUGUGGAAGACCUGGGCAGAGUCAUGGGCCACAUGAAGAAAGCCCAGAAAGUGAGGCCUGGUUUUGCCAUCCCUCUGCAGAGAGAGCGUGAGCUGGACCAAGAGGUCGAGAAGACGGGGCGGCUCCAGCGGAGAGGGGAGGAUGCCUUGAGAGAGAUGAUCACGCCAGCUUUGCGGGAUGCCCUCACGAAACAAGGCUACAGGUUGAUCGGGAGCCACUCUGGAGUGAAGCUCUGUCGGUGGACAAAGUCGAUGCUCCGUGGGAGAGGCGGCUGUUACAAGCACACCUUCUAUGGCAUUGAGAGCCACCGCUGCCUGGAGACCACGCCCAGCUUGGCUUGCGCCAACAAGUGUGUCUUCUGCUGGAGGCACCACACAAACCCUGUGGGCACAGAGUGGCGGUGGAAAAUGGACCCUCCUGAAAUGAUCUUGCAGGAGGCCAUUGAGAACCAUCAGAGCCUGAUCAAGCAAUUCAAAGGCGUCCCGGGCGUGAGGAACGACCGUUUUGAAGAAGGGAUGGAACCCAAGCACUGUGCCCUGUCUCUUGUUGGGGAGCCAAUCAUGUACCCCGAAAUCAACCGUUUCCUAAAGCUGCUCCAUCGCAAGAACAUUUCAAGCUUCCUAGUUACAAAUGCACAGUUCCCAGAGGAAAUCAGGAGCCUCGAACCUGUGACGCAGCUCUACGUCAGCGUCGACGCAGGCACCAGAGACAGCUUGAAGAAGAUCGACCGGCCUCUCUUCAAGGAUUUCUGGCAGAGGUUUCUGGACAGCUUGCAAGCCUUGGCAGAAAAGCAACAGCGCACUGUCUAUCGGCUCACGCUGGUGAAAGCCUGGAACGUGGAGGAACUGAAGGCCUACUCUGACUUGGUGUCUCUUGGGAAACCGGAUUUUAUCGAGGUUAAAGGUGUGACCUACUGUGGAGAAAGCUCAGCCAGCAACCUCACCAUGGCCAACAUCCCGUGGCACGAGGAGGUGGGGCACUUUGUCCAGGAGCUGGUCGACCUUCUGCCGGACUACGAAAUCGCCUGCGAGCACGAGCACUCCAACUGCCUCCUGAUCGCCCACAAGAAGUUCAAGAUCAGCGGGGAGUGGCACACCUGGAUCAACUACGAUCGCUUUCAGGACCUCUUCCGCCAGUACGAGCAGAGCGGGGGAGCCAAGACGUUCACCUCGGCUGACUAUGUUGCCCCGACUCCUCAGUGGGCUGUCUUUGGGGCAAAGGAAAGGGGCUUUGACCCAAUGGACACCCGAUUCCAACGGAAGAACAAAGCCAAAGACAUCUCAGGGUGUUGACACUCUCAAAACAACAACAUCCAGAACUCCUUUUAGAGCCGCAGUCUAUAGACAAGCCUUCACCUUCCAGUUGACUUGGACUACAACUCUCAUCAUGCUGGCUGGGGGAUGAUGGGAAUUGUAGUCUCGAGAACGUCAGGUUGGUUUAAGAUCUUUUCAGGGAGAUUUUAGCAUUUACAUUAGCCUUGGAAACCUUUGCAAGGAGGUCUUUGAUAACCACCAGACAAAUCUGAGGCGGGUUCUCAUCUUCUGCUCUACUCACUGAUGAGCAAUGUGCUUUCGAAGAAGCAGGCAAGAGCAAUUUGUCAUUUUUGAGCAAAAGGUAACCGUGAAAACUUUGUGCUUCUCCCCAAGCGGGGGCAAUAGCUGCACCUCGUUCUGUUUGCAGUCCUGGAAACCCAGUGUUGCCUUUUUGCCUUCUCACUUGAUCCCUUCAGUGUGGUCAGAUUCCUGCCACGUAGUCAGUGGUUCCGUGGGUUUCUGUGUGCGAAAUUCGCACCCCUGAACAUUCCCCAGUUGCAUUUCCACAGCUGAUUUUUGCUCCGUUUUAUAGCACUGUGGGAUGGAAGGGAGGUACAAAGAUCACAGACCCCACCAAAAUGACCCUUGGCAUGCUUCGUUCUUCCAGAUUGUGGAUGGUGGAGUUUGUCCCAAAGGGGGCUUGGGCAUCUCUCCAGACCAGGGCCCUGCAGGAACAUGAGGGAACUGUGUUUCUGGUGCCACGCCUGAAGCAAGAAGCCAAGCCCUUGAACUCUACGCUACGUUUGGGAUCUCUGCUAUUUGGGUAACCUGGCUCAGCUCUCAGGAAACGGAAAACAAAGUUGCCUUAAAUUUGGGUGCUGGCAGCUUAUCAAAGGUCUGUCUCGCUUAACUGGAUUCUGCCACACUUGAUUUGGUUUAACCACCAUGGUGUGUUUACACCAAGGCAACGUUCACCCCUUACAUUUAGAGCAGCCCUACAUAUAGAGCUAUCUGAUACCGCUUUAAACUAGCCAUGGCUUCCCGCAAAGCAUUCUGGGAGCUGUAGUUUGUGAAGCGUCCUGAGAGUCCUUAGGAGACUCUCGUUUCCCCUUAGAGAGCUAUAAUUUGCAGAGUCCCCAGGGAAGGGGGAAUUGACCAUUAAACAAGCUCUAGGAUGGAAAGCCUCAACACCCUUAACGAACUACAACUCCCAGGAUUCUUUGGGGGAGGGAGAAGCCAUGACUGUUUAAAAUGCUUUAAAUAUAUGGUGUCAAUGUGGUCUCAGUCCGUUGCUCCACUUGGAAUUCUGGACAUUGUAGUUUUGGGUGAUCCUCUGCAGAAGCUUUCCACAGGACUCGUUUCUGGCUCCCAUAGGGAGGGAGCUUGCUUCUGUCUGUGUUUCAGACAAGCACCGCCUGAGCAGGGAUAAAAACGCUUUCCUGUGCUUCUGGUAGAUGAGAUGGAUUUUGGAACAUUUCUUUGUUAAUGGAGGUCAUUAUAUAUUUCCUCAUACCAAAUUGUAAUUGGCUGCACAGAUUUCCCAGUAAGUUGCCUUAGGCUGUGCUGCAUUAAUGUGAAAUUCCCCUUUUGGCCGAAGAGAUCAAAUAUCUGCGGCUACAAUCAUAGAAUCCUCAUGUGUGGGUCAGGGAACGUUUUUGAAACAUUUGCUUCAGUUGCUCAGGCACUGGAAGAGGCGAGCAAGUUUUAAAUGGAAUAAUAGCUCCUUGCUUAUUCUGCCAGGGGAUGGGGCUACCACAGGAAGUGUUUAGACUCUGGGCCUGAUUUGUCCCACCAGGCCUCUCCAUUUAUCCUAUGAGGCCAUUCCGGAUGAGCCACGCCCAUAUGAUGUUAGGAAAUGAUGCGGCUCCCUGCUGGAGGCGGGAUUUGUAGGAACUGCCCAUCAGCAGAUCAUCUGUUCCUUUGCUUGUGAGGUUUGAUUUCAAACCUCUCAGGCAAAGUAAAAUGAGCCACCUGAUGCCAUUGAGGGGGUGGCUGAAUCCAGUUCCUGGGGCUGGAGUAAAAACUAUUAACCCAUCUCUGGCUUGUGUUAUUACUCUCCUAAAUCUGAACACAUUUCUGUCUAGGAAUUGCGCCGUGCGAUAAAUGCAUUUUCUGCAGCAAUGCCAUGGUUUGGGGUCCCCUUCUGGGCCUUGUCCUCUGUUAUUUACCACUGUUGGAUUUUAUUACACUGGUCUUUUUAAAAUAGAUAUUGCGUUACAAUUUCCCAACCCUGUGAGGUAGGUUGGGCUGAGAGGCAGUGACUGGCCCCUCACGGUCACACCCAAUGAGUUUCAUGGCCGAGUGGGAGCCCUGCUGUCCAUCCAUCAGGUGCUCAAAAACUCUCAUUUCACCCCCAGUUCAGAAAUCCCAGCGUUCAUCCAUGCUGUCUGGAAUAUGAUGGGCAUAAACGGCAACCCGGAUUUCUUCAAUAAAAAGGCUGUUCCUUACCCAGCAGGAAGGAUAUGGCACUCCCCAGGGUCCAAUUAAGUUGUUAAAAAUUACGCAUUUGGCCUUUCCAUUUUUUAUCUGCCUUUAGCUAAAGCUAACUUUUGAUAUUGCUGUUGUGGUAAAAUGAUAAAACCUUUACAAGCUGAGAUAAAAGAGGCCCAAAUGCU